AUGGGGCCAAAAACCAUUGAGAAGAAGCGAAAGGUCCAGGACCCCGAGCCUGAGUCCGAAGACGAGAUUGCACCCGAUUUCGACGGCGCCCUGUCGCAAAGCGAAGACGAGUUCGAUUCCGAUUUCGACGACGACAAGGAGCACGAACAGGAUGGCGAGGAGGAAAGCGGAAGCGAGGCCAGCGACGACGAAGAUGAUGAGGGCUCCCUACUAAGCGACGACAUCCCCUCCGACGCUGAGGGUGACAAGGCCAUGGGCAAACUUGUUCUCGAGGACGAAGAGGAGGAACUCAAGAUUGAAAUACCUGGAGUCGACCCCAAGCGGCCGGAGAAGGAUGACGGAGAGAAGAACUAUCGGGUCGAGAAGGAUGCGAACGGCAAUGAACGCUACGUCUACGAUGAGAUCGACCCCGUCUACGAUUCGGACGAUUCCGAUGCCCAAGAAGCGCCAAACACCAUCGGUGAUAUCCCCAUGAGCUUCUACGACAGCUAUCCUCAUAUCGGUUAUGACAUCAACGGCAAGAAGAUUAUGCGCCCGGCCACUAAGGACGCUCUCGACGCCCUCCUCGACAGCAUCGAAGUGCCCAAGGGCUGGACCGGCCUUACCGACAUUCACACUGGCAACCCUCUCAACCUUAAUGACGAGGAGUUGGAGCUUGUUCGUCGUGUCCAGAUGGGUAUGAUCCCCAACGACUUGGAGGACCCCUACCCCGAAACAGUGGAAUACUUUACUGGUAUUGAGGAGAAGAUGCCUCUGAGCGCUGCCCCUGAGCCCAAGCGUCGCUUCCUCCCUUCCAAGAACGAGGCCAAGAAGAUUAUGAAGCUUGUUCGCGCUAUUAGGGAAGGCAGGAUCCUGCCCUACAAGCCCCCUGAGGAGCGCGAGAAGGAGGAGGAGGAGGUCGAGCAGUACUUCGAUAUCUGGCAGGAUGAGGUGCCUACAGAAGUUAAUCCCUUGCACAUCCCGGCGCCCAAGUUGCCUCCUCCUGGUUUCGACAUGAGUUACAACCCGCCCGCAGAAUACCUACCGACCAAGGAGGAGAGAGAGGAGUGGGAGAAGCUCGACCCUGAGGAGCGCGAGAAGGAGUACCUCCCCCAGAAGUACGACUCGCUGAGGAAGGUUCCCGGUUAUGGCGAGGUCGUCAAGGAGAGAUUCGAGAGGUGCAUGGACCUUUACCUUGCUCCUCGUGUGCGGAAGAACAGGCUCAACAUCGAUCCCAACUCUCUCCUGCCCAAGCUCCCCUCGCCUUCUGAGCUCAAGCCUUUCCCUACCGUUGCGCAAACAGUUUUCCGCGGCCACGAUGGCCGUGUAAGAAGCGUUGCCAUUGACCCUACUGGUGUUGCUGUGGCUAGCGGUGGCGAUGACGGUACGGUCCGUGUGUGGGAGUUGUUGACUGGUCGCCAGGUCUGGUCCGUCAAGCUCAGCAGCGAGGAGGCUGUCAACACUGUUAGGUGGAGGCCCUCGAAGGACUCCUUUAUUCUCUCCGCUGCUGUGGGCGAGGAGGUCUACCUCAUGGUUCCUACACAUGCCAGCGUUACUCCUGCUUUGGAACAGGCUAGCAGAGAUGUCCUGUCGGCUGGCUUCGGUUAUGCUACAGGCGGUCAGACACACGGUGCUGCUCCCGGAAAGGAGCCUCCUGCCAAGUGGGCUCGCCCCGGUGCUAAGCUCGAGGAUGAGGGUGUUUUGAUCAGGAUCACAGUUAGGUCGACCGUCAAGGUCAUCAACUGGCACAGGAAAGGAGACCAUUUUGCGACAGUAUCGCCUUCCGGACAGAGGAGCUCCGUCGCGAUUCACACGCUCUCCAAGCACCUCACCCAGAUUCCCUUCCGCAAGCUUUCUGGCUUGGCUCAGACAGCGUCUUUCCAUCCCCUCCGCCCUCUCUUCUUCGUCGCCACCCAACGAACAAUCCGCUGCUACGACCUGCAAAAGCUCGAGCUGGUCAAGGUUGUCCAGCCUGGCGCUAAGUGGAUUUCUUCGUUUGAUAUCCACCCCGGUGGUGAUAACUUGAUUGUUGGUUCUUACGACAAGCGUCUCUUGUGGCACGACCUGGACCUUUCCAUUCGUCCGUACAAGACGAUGAGGUUCCACAGCGAGGCGGUUCGUCAAGUUAAGUACCACAAGGGCGGGCUGCCGCUCUUUGCUGACGCCAGUGACGACGGCACUCUUCAAAUCUUCCAUGGCAAGGUCCCGAACGAUCAGCUGGAGAACCCCACCUUGUCCCGUCAAGGUGCUUAA